UAACAAUAUUAUUAUAUAUAAUUAAUAUAAUAAUUAGCAUUAAUAUAAUAAAUAUAAUAAUCAUAAUAGUUAUAAUAAUAAUAUAAUAAUUAUUUACAUUUUUAUUAUUAUUAUGUGCUUGUGUCUCUUUUUUCAGGAGCACUUUGUAAACAACAGACCAUGUCAAACAACGAAAUUGAUACAACCAUCAAAAUGUUGGCUCAGGCCAUGAUGCCAGGUUGUAUGUUGAGUUUAAAUUAAAUACUUGGCGGGCCGGAUGUGGCCCCCGGGCCGUAGUUUGCCCACCCCUGAGCUAGCUUAUAAUGCACAUCAUUGGGAUACACGUAUUUCCACAAUUUAAGCCCUGUAAAAAAAUCCAUGCUGUGAUCAUGCAUGAACAGAGAACAGAGACAACACUUCCGAUGUCCGCUCUCCUUGGCAUGGCUGUAUCUUCCAGCACGUGACAUGUGCUCCAGUCCUCAGGUUAAAAAAAAUGAGGACAAUGAAGACCUAGGUGUCCACUAUGUUGACACAAAGUUUAGCCGAGUGGUGUUGUGUCUUUUAGAAACGUGACCAAGCUUAAUCCGUCUCCUUGAGUGUUCCAGGUGAAACAUCUACAAUAUAACAACCAACAGCAUUUCAUCAAGAACUGGACCACAACGGUUGAGGAGGAAUUGGCGUGAAGCAGUCUUUCCAGCGGAAAUAACAAGGUGAACAUGUUCUGGCGUCCCGAGCACUUGUAAUGUAACGCCUGUAGAUCGAAUGCAGGCAUUCUGGCAGCGUUUGCACACAGGAGCUGGGAGGGACGAGGGGCUGACAUAAAAAAAAAAAAAAGAGGGAGAAAACUCGGGACUCUCCUUCAGGCAUCCGAACAAGUCUGGACUGUUCUGCUGUUGCAGAAGGACUCAUUUGCGAAAAGACAUUUGCAGUCUCCUGCAGGGAUGCGAUACGGCAGCUGCUGAGCUCCUCAAGACUGCUUUGCCGCUCUUUUGGCGCACGGGACACCCGAGGAGGUGAGCACUGCAGGACUGAGCGCGGAGAGAAGGUUGGAUAUGCCACAGGUGCUGAGGCGGGGAGUCGUACGUGCAACAGAGAACUUCAGGUUGUAAAGAUGAGGGGCUGGACUUUCACCGUGAUGGUGCUGCUGUCACUCAAGGCACACGCUGAAGCUCAGGGCAGGUGUAACAACGUCCAAGCGGCAGACAUUGUUUUCCUGGUGGAUGGAUCAUCCAGCAUCGGGAGACCCAACUUCCUGCAAGUGAAAGGCUUCAUAGCCGGGAUCAUCAAACCGUUUGUAAGCUCCGUGGCAGAGUCAGGAAUUCGUUUUGGGCUUGUACAGUACAGCGACACCCCCAGGGUGGAGUUCACCUUUAAAACCUACCUGAACGGCACGGCGCUGGUCAAGGCCGUGCAGAGUCUCGGCUACAAGGGCGGAAACACGCGCACCGGCGCCGGUCUGAAGUUUGUCGCUGAUCACUUCUUCAACCCCACACACAGCCGGGACGUCCCAAAGAUGGCCAUCUUGAUCACGGACGGGAAGUCUCAGGAUGAGGUGCAAGAGCCGGCGCAGAAGCUGCACAACCAGGGGGUGCGCAUCUUUGCGGUUGGCAUCAGGAACGCAGACAGCAACGAGCUGGCUGAGAUUUCCUCCGAGCCCGGCAGGGAUUUCACCUCCUUUGUUGGCGACUUCAAGCUGCUCGGCACUCUGCUGCCACUCGUGAGCCCCCGGGUGUGCUCCACAGCGGGCGGAGUCUAUGCCGGUGAUGAGCCGUAUUCCGGUCCGUCCAACAUUCAGUUCACAGCCACAGCAUCCGAUUCGCUCAGGUUCCGCUGGAAUUCUGCAGGCGGGCCUUUGAGAGGCUACGUGGUCCAGUAUGUGCCCCUCUCAAGCACGGGUCAGCCGAUCACGGCAGAACUGCGGCAGGAGACCGUGUCUGCCAGCCAGCGAAGCUUCACAGCACGAGGGCUGAGGUCUGGUACGCACUACCUAGUGACCGUCAUUGCGCAAUACCCCAACAGCGUGGGAGAAUCCGUUUCUGCAAAGCAGCAAACUAAGUCCCUGCCCGGGUUCUCAGGUCUUCGUUUGGUCCAAGCAAGCGUCUUCGGUCUCUCUUUGGGCUGGGAUCAGCCUACGUCUCCUGUCCAGGGAUACAGACUUAACUACGCAGCACGAGACAAAGCAGGUCAGACAGGCGAUCAGCUGGUGCGGUCCCUGCCUGCAGACGCCACGUCUGUCAACCUGGAGGAACUUCAGCCUGACACGGAGUACGUCAUCAGCCUCUACCCUCUGAUCCCUGGAAACUCUGCGUCCCCAGCCACCCUCAGCGCUCGCACACUGCGUCUGGAGGCGGUGCAGCAGUUAUCCGUGCAGAAGGAGUCGGAAGGCAGCGUUCGUCUGCAGUGGCGAGGCGUCGGGGGCGCACGCAGCUACCGUCUGGAGUGGGGACCCAUCACGGAUUCCAACCUGACUCGGCUCCAGCUCCCCACCAAACCCCAAAACGCCCAGACGGGAGCAAGCCAGGCGCACACGUUGUCCCAACUGCAGUCCGACACGGAGUACGUGGUCAAUGUGAUUCCCCUGUAUCAGGGCAACGCUGAGGGCCCCGGGGAGACGGCCACAUUCAGGACAGAGCGCCAGGAGCAGCAGGUCCUCAACGCCGCGACCACCAGUCCCUCCUCCAUCCGCCUCACCUGGAAAAUCAUUCCGUCCUCUCAGGGUUACCGGCUGGAGUGGCGGGCGGGCGAAGGUGGCUACGCCCAGACCCUGGCUUUACCCAGGAGCACCAGCAAAUACGAGUUAACCGGCCUUCUGCCCAACACCGAAUACCUCAUCACCUUGUACACGCUUUUCGAAGGCCGUGAGGAGGCCACACCCGUCUCUUUCACAUCCAGAGAAGUGGCGCCAGUGGGAAGGGUGUCCAAUCUGAGAGUGCUGGAGUCUUUGGGCGGUACAGUCAGACUCGGCUGGACCGGAGUUGCUCGUGCCACGCAGUACCGCAUCGUUAUCCGAAGCCCUGAAGCUGGAGUAGAAAACAUUCAGAUGGUCCCCGGGAGCCAGACCAGCCUGGACCUCGGAGACCUGCUGGUGGGCGUGGCCUAUAACGUGAACGUUACAGCGCUGGUGGCAGGCAAUGAAGGAGAGCCGGUCAGCAUCGUUGUCAGACCAGCGCAAGGUGUCGGCAGAGUGUCCAACCUCAGAGUGACGCACGCAAACGGCCGCAGGAUUCGUAUAGCCUGGACGGGUAUUAGUGGAGCGACAGGUUAUAGGAUUACAUGGAGACAAGGAAGUAGCGGGGAGCAGUCUCGUGAGGUGGGGGCGGAAGCCUCGGCCUUUACGAUAGACGGCCUGCAGCCAGACGAGGCGCUGGUGUUCGGCGUGGCGGCCGUAGUCCAUGACGCCGUCGGCGAGGCGGUGACGCUGUCCUCUCGGACCAACUCGCACAGCGGAACCGUCUCUGGGCUUCGCAUCGUCGACGUCACAGCCGAGCGGAUACGCAUAGCAUGGUCGCCUUUCACCAGGGCCACCGGUUAUAAGUUAAGAUGGCGCAGCGAUGACGACGGACUGGAGACAACUCGGAACGUUGCUGCUGACGUGGCUUCCUUCACCAUCGACGGACUGCAGUCUGAUUCUCCUUACAGCGUGUUUGUGUCUGCUCUCAGCGGCUCCCGAGAAGGAAGUCCCGCCACCCUGAGUGUCAGGACAGGACAAGACCAGUUCUCCGUCGGGACCGUGACAUCACUCCGAGUUCAGGACAGUCCAGGACAGGUUGUGCGAAUUACCUGGAUUGGUGUACCAGGAGCAACGGCCUAUCGUGUGUCCUGGAGGAGAGCAGAUGGUGGCGAAGAAUUGAGUCAGUUGGUGGGCGGCGACGUGACGGCCGUGGAUUUAGACCGACUGGACCCCGGAACCCAGUACGAGGUGAAGGUCAUGGCUUUAGUCCAGAACCGUGAAGGAACGCCGGUGUCGGUCCGAGUCACCACACCCGACGCCUCCAUCCCGUCGCCUUCCCUCCCCACCACACCUUUAAGAGUGGCGGAGGUCACCCACAAUUCUGUGCGGCUUGGCUGGAUCCCGUUACCGGGUGCAACCGGGUACUUUCUGCGCUGGAGGCCGGAAACGGACCGCGGCCCAGGCUCGUCUGUCACACUGCCCGCUUCCGCCAGCUUCUACCAGGUGACCGGGCUCCGUCUGGGCCAGGAGUACCGCUUCACCAUACAGCCCACUUUUCAAAGUGGACCGGGAAGGGAGAGCUUCGCCACUGAACGCACCGUAUGUCUGGGUGGACGCCUGGACGUGGUCUUUCUUGUCCCGGCGUCCACCGAUCGAGUUCACCUUGUCAGACCUCUGCGGGAUCUUCUCACGAGUGCGGUGGGGUCGUUCAGCACCAUCGGCGCUCGCGACUCCCAGGUGGGCGUGGUUGUGUAUGGUUAUAGCCCCAGAAUCUGGUUCCGGCUUAAUCGCCACGGCAGUUCCGACACGCUGCUACAAGAAAUUCAGUCCACACCAUUUGAUGAAAGUCCAGGAAAUAACAUUGGCCAGGCGCUGACGUUCGCCACACAGUAUCUCCUGACCACCUCAGCUGGACGAAGGCCAAGGGUACCCGGGGUUGUUGUGGUCAUUACUGACAAAAAAUCUGCCGACAACCUCACGCAGGCGGUCAGCAGCCUCCGAGCGGCAGGCGUGACGGUGUUGGCAGUCGCCAUGGAUCAAGCCGAUACGGAGGAACUCCGACGAGCGGUGACAGACGGCAGCACCCAAAACAUCCUGUACGUGCGCGACGCCUCCCAGUUGGCGGCGAUUCACAGCGAGCUGGCGGACUUGCUGUGUGGUAUCGCUAGAAUACCCGAGGUAACUCCAGGACCGGAACGCUGUACCCUUCAGUGUCCACAGGGAGACAAGGGAGAUCGUGGAGAGAAGGGUGAGAGAGGCAGGGAUGGCGUGGAAGGACGCAAAGGAGAACCUGGUCGGGACGGUUUCCCGGGGAGGGACGGUCCACGAGGUCCUGAAGGGCGUCCAGGUCUACCAGGCCCACCAGGCCCACCAGUCCCUGUUGACCCCUCAGUGGGCUCAAAAGGGGAUAGGGGCGAUAGAGGUUUUCCUGGUGUCGACGGAAAUCCAGGAUUACCAGGGCGACCAGGUUCUCCAGGACCUACGGGACUUCCAGGUUCGCAGGGCCUACCUGGCAUCCGAGGAAGCCCCGGUGGUCCUGGUGUUGCGGGCGUGGAGGGGGCGAAGGGAGAUAAAGGCGAAAGGGGGGAGCCGGGUUCGGUAUCAGGAGGAGGUUUUCCAGGAAGGAAGGGAGAACCAGGCGUCCCUGGAAUACCUGGGACGCCUGGUAGGCCAGGCAGCGACGGUACCAAAGGUACUCCAGGGAAUCCAGGUGCACCGGGGCAAGAUGGCCGCCCGGGGAUACCAGGAACGCCAGGACUGUCCAUCAAGGGAGACAAGGGCAGCCCCGGAGAGAGGGGACCUCCGGGAGUCGGCAGCGGGGUGGUCGUGGCCGGUGAGAAGGGCUCCCCGGGUUCUGCAGGACCACCAGGAGUGCAAGGUCCUAGAGGCCUAACUGGAGCACAGGGGGCCAAAGGAGACAAGGGUGACACGGCUGUCGGGCUGCCCGGGCCGGCAGGCAGGCAGGGAGAUCCCGGUGACAGGGGUCCUCGUGGGCCUCCAGGAGAAAUUGGCAGUAAGGGCGAUCGGGGGCAGCCGGGGGAGCCUGGAUCGCAGGGAGACCGGGGGGAAAGAGGACUUGCUGGUGAAACAGGAGAGCGGGGGGACCCGGGCAAACCAGGCUCCCCUGGACCACCGGGACUGAGGGGUCCCCCGGGGCCCAGUGGAGCAGCGGGAGAAAAGGGAAGUGACGGCGUACGAGGGGAACCAGGCCGAAGCGUUCAAGGUCCUGCAGGGAGGAAAGGGGAACAGGGAGAGUCUGGUCUCAGCGGAUCCGAGGGCCCCCGGGGAGCAAAGGGAGAGCCUGGCCAGAGAGGAGAGAAAGGGUCUCCGGGGUCAGGUGCGGCGCUGAUUGGACCUAAAGGAGAGCGAGGAGAGCCUGGAUCUCCAGGUAUCAGCGGCAGGCCCGGUGCCAAGGGAGAUGGGGGAGAUCCGGGGCAGAGAGGAGAGGACGGGCGGCCGGGAAUCCCAGGGAAGCCCGGCCUUCUGGGGAAGCAGGGAGAAAGAGGGGAUAAAGGAGACGAAGGCACUCCUGGCGAGUCAGGACUUCCCGGCAAGCCUGGAGAACGAGGAGUGAGGGGACUCACAGGUCAGCCGGGUCGUCCUGGAGAGAAAGGAGACGCCGGAGAGCCGGGAGAGCUCGGCCGAAAUGGCAACCCCGGACCCGCUGGGCCCAGAGGAGAGCAGGGACAACAGGGACUUCAAGGACCUCCAGGACCACCAGGGAAAGUGGCGGACAUCCAGGGCCAGCUGAGAGGAGAGCGAGGCGAGAAGGGUGAAGCCGGCGACCCGGGAGCACACGGCGGCAAAGGGCAGAAAGGUGAAGCCGGGACUCCUGGAACCGUCGGCCCAAGAGGUCCUGAGGGGCAACGUGGGCAAGCAGGCUCCAGAGGGGACACGGGAGACAGGGGAGGCCCUGGAGACAAGGGUGAAAGGGGACCCUCCGGUUUGGACGGUCGUCCCGGUGUGGAUGGCAAACCAGGUGCUGCCGGUCCACCUGGUCAGAGGGGCGAUCCUGGGAAGCAGGGAGAUGCUGGAAGAGAUGGUUUACCAGGACUUCGAGGUGAGCAGGGUCCCACGGGGCCUACGGGACCUCCGGGCACGUCGGGGACACCUGGCAAAGCGGGUGAAGACGGCAAACCCGGGCUUCCUGGCAAAGUGGGCGAGGAUGGUGUGCCAGGGGAGGAUGGGCGAAAGGGCGACAAAGGAGACGCGGGAGCGGCCGGCCGAGACGGCCGUGACGGGCAAAAAGGAGAGCGGGGUUUGGCCGGGACUUCCGGACCCUCUGGACCCCCGGGACAGCCCGGUCUGCCAGGCAGCAUUGGCCCCCCUGGACAGGUUAUGUACAUCAAAGGAGCGGAAGCAGCACCGAUCCCAGGCCCCCAGGGCCCCCCGGGAACACCCGGUGUACCAGGGAUUCCUGGAGCUCUGGGUGUUCGGGGCGAGAGAGGUCCUCCGGGUCUGAAAGGGGAAACUGGAGAUCCAGGAGAGGACGGGGCACCUGGGAAGCCUGGAACAGCCGUGGACGUCCAAAAGGCUCUGGCCAACCUCGGGAUUCAGGUGUCCGACCUCAAGGUGGUCGUGGACAAGAAGGACGCCUUCGUGGCUCCGGUGCAGAAGGCAGAGAGAGGUGACAAGGGAGACAGGGGUGAGCCGGGCCAGAGGGGACCAUCUGGAGCAGACGGCACACGUGGCUUUCCAGGGGACCGAGGGCCAAAGGGAGAACAGGGGCAGCAAGGUCCUGUGGGAACACCUGGGCCUCCUGGAAGAGCCAUUGGAGAGCGAGGUCCCGUAGGACCUUCAGGGGCGGCAGGGGAGCCGGGAAAGCCGGGAAUACCAGGAGUUCCUGGAAGAGCUGGGGAGCUGGGAGAAGCUGGGAGACCAGGGGAGAAGGGCGAAAGAGGAGAGAAGGGAGAAAGAGGAGAAUCUGGUAAACUGGGCCUCACAGGGCCGGCUGGUCCACCCGGUCAGAAGGGAGCAUCUGCUGACUCCGUGCUCCUUGGUGCUCCUGGAACCAGAGGCCCACCCGGACUCGCAGGACCUAAAGGAGAGCCCGGCGCUCCAGGGCUGCAGGGGUCUAAAGGUGAUCGGGGAUUUGAAGGACCCCGCGGUGACAAAGGAGACCGGGGCGAGUCUGGAGAGAAAGGACGCGAUGGCUCCCAGGGAAUAUCAGGGGAACCCGGUAAACCCGGUCAUGACGGGAAACCGGGUCCAUCAGGGGCUGCCGGUCCUCGAGGCCUACCAGGAAACCCAGGAGAGCCUGGCAUCAGGGGACUGACUGGCUCCUUGGGUCCAAACGGACUUCCUGGUCCACCAGGUCUGAAGGGGGGUCAAGGGGAGCCAGGAGUCGGUGUUCAGGGUCCUCCUGGUGCCCAAGGCAGCACAGGUCUACCAGGAAACCCGGGUCCUCCAGGAGCUGUCGGUCCACAGGGGCCUCCGGGCUUGUCGGGGCAGGUGGGAGAAGCAGGAAAGCCAGGGGUCCCCGGUAGAGACGGAGUGCCUGGAAAAGAUGGAUUACCCGGAUUGCCAGGGAAACAGGGCAUCGUCGGACCCCCGGGCUCGCCAGGCUUAAAGGGGGAGCAAGGAGACGGCGGUCCUCCCGGGAAGGCUCUAGCGGGACCCCCUGGUGCCAAAGGAGAACGGGGUCUUCCAGGACAAACGCUGCCCGGAACGCCAGGAGAGCGAGGUCUAGCUGGUGAAAAGGGCGCCCGCGGGGACAGAGGUGCUGCCGGCGCCAAAGGCGAGCGAGGUGAGGCUGGAGAAGCAGGAGAGCCUGGAGAAGAUGGAAUGCAAGGACCUCCUGGACCAAAAGGAGAUAAGGGAGAAAGAGGCGUGGGAAUGGCCGGUCCUGCGGGCCGGGUUGGUCCUCCAGGUCUAAAGGGGGAUUCAGGCCUCCCUGGUCUAUCUGGUCCUCCGGGGCCACAGGGAAAGUCCGGUGAAGCUGGUCUAUCCGGUCUGAGGGGGGAAAAUGGGGAACCGGGACCUCCUGGACCACCUGGCGAAAGGGGUCUCCAAGGAUUCCUUGGCCGGGGGGGGAAUCCUGGACCUCCAGGUCCUUCUGGACCUCCUGGGCAGGCUGGUCCUCCCGGCACGGACGGCGUGAAAGGAGACAAGGGCGAGAAUGGACUCGGGAUGACGGGACCAAGAGGAGAGCGGGGAGAACCAGGAGCCAGGGGCGAGGAGGGGCGGCCUGGUUUGGAUGGGGAGAGGGGGCUAACGGGUCCAGCGGGGCUGCGUGGGGCUCGGGGAGACAAGGGCGAUGCGGGCCUGCAAGGAGACAAAGGAGAGAAGGGCGACACCAUGCUGGUGGGGGGGCCUCCUGGGGAAAAGGGCAACACCGGAGAACAAGGUGACAGGGGGCCCAAAGGUGGGCAAGGAGAAAAGGGAGCAAAAGGUCAAGAGGGUCCACCAGGAGAGCAGGGUGUGAGGGGAGAACCUGGAGAACGAGGAUCUACUGGCUUCCCAGGUGCCCGUGGUCCUGGUGGGCAGAAGGGAGAAGAAGGUCUGGCCGGGAUGCCUGGUGAAACGGGUUUGCCAGGAAAGGACGGGCUGCCUGGUCGCAAGGGGGACAAAGGAGAGACGGGCAUUGUCGGAACCAGAGGAAUUAAGGGCGACCGCGGACCCAAGGGGCUUUGUGGAGGCGAUGGACCCAAAGGAGAGAAGGGAGAUGGCGGCUUUCAUGGGCGGGCAGGCCUACCUGGGAAGAAAGGUGAACAGGGGGACGUCGGCCCUCCAGGAGCCCCUGGCAUCCCAGGAAAAGAAGGUCUCAUUGGCCCCAAGGGGGACCGUGGUUUUGAUGGUGUUGAGGGCCCCAAAGGAGCUCAUGGAGAGAAAGGCGAAAGGGGUCCACCUGGUGUCCCCGGCCCUCCUGGUCCCAGAGGAGUGGACGGGGUGCCUGGACUCACAGGCCCUCAGGGACCAGGUGGUGCUAAAGGCCCCGAAGGACUCCAAGGACAGAAGGGAGAGAGAGGGCCCAUUGGUCCCGCCAUGGUGGGCCCACGUGGUAUUCCCGGGAUCCCAGGGGAGCGUGGAGAAACGGGGGACAUGGGCCCAGAUGGAGCCAAAGGAGAGAGAGGGGAGCCGGGCAUGACGGAGGAUGAGGUCAGAGAGUAUGUUCGCUCGGAGAUGAGUCAGCACUGUGCUUCGGCUCCUGUCAGUGGCUUCCAGCCUGUGGCCGGGGCUCGACCCGCGCCCGAGCAACGCGCGGCCCGGAAGGCUGAGAAGGGUCGUGAGCUGCGCGUGGUGAUGAACACCAACGACCCCGACUACGAGCACAUCUACUCCAUCGAGGCCUACGACGACCCCUCGGAUGAGCUGCUGUACUCCCCCCCCCCGAACAACCACACGGACGGUGAGCCAGACGGCCGGCGUUCAAAGUCGGUAAAAGUGGAAGCCGGCAACUCACCGAAGGCGGCCAAAGUCACAGCGAUCAAGUCCGCCAAGCCCAAACCGCUUCGGACCAAGAGGCGGGCCCACGGGGGGGCCCACUUGGAAGCUCCAGCCGAGCUGUGCCAGCUGCCCCUGGAGGAGGGCGCCUGUGCACGCUACACCCUACGCUGGUACUUUAACAGCCACGUUGAGGCGUGCAGGCCUUUCAUCUACAGCGGCUGUGGAGGAAACGCCAACCGCUUCCUCCACUUGGAGGAGUGUGAAGAGGUGUGCCUUGACAAGGCUGAAGGGUCUCCGUCCACCCAGGCAACCCGGUGAUGGCGACCAAGCGCUCCCCUGUGCAGGAACAUCAGCCUUUUUAUAGCUUUUCUAUCUUUUUUUUGUGUUCAAUAUUUGUUGUUUUUUAUUUAUUAUGACUUCCCCACCCAACCGCACUUGAUAUACUUGCUUUAGGAUUCGAACUCCUGCACUAAAUACUGUAAAUGGUGCUCAACAGUGCAUGGAAAGAGGGAAGUCUGGGGAUGAAAAUAUCAGGUCAGGACCGAUCAAACCAUUUGUCAUCCAUGUUUCCUCCUCCUAAAGCGGGGGGUGUCCAAAUUGCGGCAUGCGGCUAAUUGUUUGAGAUGCAAAAGACAGAUGUUAGUUUUUUACAAUUUCACAGGAAUCACGUCAAAAUAUGAAGAGGAAAAAAGUGGGGAUGUUUUUAGGAAAGAUCAGCUUCUUUUCUUCAAGUAACGAUAGCAUGACAAACAAAACAACAUAAUCAAGGGGGGGCGCAAAGUUAGAAUAUUGUGUGAAGAUAUUUUAGGAAGAUUAUUUCAUAAGAAAGUUGACAUAUUUGGGGGAGGGGAAACAGCAGAAAAAAACUAUUAGGAUAACAAUUUAUUCUAACAAGAAAAAAUCGCAAAAUGUGAGAAUUAAACAAUGAAAAAUUACUUUUUAGUCUUUUCGAGUUUAAAUAAAUGGGUUAUUAAUGUUGUAAUAUUAUGAGAAAAAAGUUGAAAUGUUUGUAAAAUUAGUUUGGAGAAAAAGACUGAAUAUUGGAAAAAUAAAGUCAAAAUAUUAUAUGAAUAAAGUCAUAAUCAUGAGAAGAACAUUUACUUCAAAUUGUUGGAUUUAUCUUUUUAAAAAGCAGCAAAAAAUGUUUUAAAUAGCUUUAAUUCUACCAGAAUAAAUUAUAAAUAUAUUUUUAGUUCAAUAAAAAUAAAAAAAAAUGACAAAAAAUACUAUAUUUAGACUUUAAAUUUGAAAGAAAAUCAAUGUUUUAUGAGAAACAACACAAAUACUUGAUAAAAAGUUGAAAUGUUUGUAAAAUUGGGUUGGAGAAAAAGUCAUAAUAUUAGAAAAAUAAAGUCCAAAUAUUAUAUGAAUAAAGUCAUAAUCAUGAGAAGAAAAUUUACUUGAAAUAGUUGGAUUUUUUUUGUUUUAAAAAGCAGCAAAAAUGUUUUAAAUAGCUUUAAUUCUAUCAGAAUACAUUUGGAAUAUAUUUUUAUUCCAGUAAAAAUAAAAAAUGACAAAAAAUAGUCUAUUUAGACUUUAAAUGUUAAAGAAAUAAAUGUUUUAUGAGAAACAACACAAAGAAUUGAAAAAAAAAGUUGAAAUGUUUGUAAAAUUGGGUUGGAAAAAAGUCAUAAUAUUAGAAGAAUAAAGUCAAAAUAUUAUAUGAAUAAAGUCAUAAUCAUGAGAAGAAAAUUUACUUGAAUUUUUUUUUGUUUUAAAAAGCAGCAAAAAUGUUUUAAAUAGCUUUAAUUUUAUCAGAAUAAAUUAGAAAUAUAUUUUUAUUCCAGUAAAAAUAAAAAAUGACCAAAAAUAGUCUAUUUAGACUUUAAAUGUUAAAGAAAAUAAAUGUUUUAUGAGAAACAACACAAAGAAUUGAAAAAAAGUUGAAAUGUUUGUAAAAUUAGGUUGGAGAAAAGUCAGAAAAUUGGAAAAAUUAAGUAAAAAUACAACGAGCUGAGGUUCCCUUUUUUUCUUGAAUUAUUUCCAACUUCUCAACAUGUCUUCAGCAAAUAUCAUAAAAUCAUAAUUUCAGCAUGUGGCCCUCGAUGGAAAACCUUUGAACAACACCCCCCACCCCUUACACGCGUCUCAACUUGAUCCACUGGUGUCUUGCUGGAAGAACAAACACAAAAGUCCAAUUUUCCUUGCCCCUAAUUAGCAUCCAUGCGGAGGAGUUGAAGAUUGUAAAUACCAGGAAUGCCGUAAAAGACCCCCCCACUGGUUUUUAUCAUGGAGGCUUUUGUCAUCUAUGAACAAUCGGGCAGUAUUCAUCUUUAUUUUGUAUACAGUAGGGAACAUUAUAGGGAGUAUUUUCUUCCUAAGUUUGACCCCCUUACAAAGACAUGAAGAGUACAACAUUGGUAUUGUUUAUUGUCUCCGAAAAAAGAGAACCACAAUAGAAAUAUUAUCUGGUGAGAUGAAAACGGGACAAGAACAAACUAAAUAGAUGAAUGAUUCACAGCGUCAAUCACGUCAAUCAUCAGCCCUUUUGUCAGUCGUACCGUCUCUUUGCCUCGGUGGGUGGAGGCGGGGCCACUAGCAUACACACAAAGAGUGCAUAAUUGAAUGAGUAGAUUGCAAUAUACUGUCAUAUAUUUUUCAUUGUGCUUUUCUUAAAAGGAAAGUCCCCCCCCCCAGCAUUGUUUCUAAAUAUUUUGAUCAUAAAUGUGCCGGGGUGUACAAUCAAUAUGAGGAAAUUAUGACGUCAUACCGAUAAGUCCCAUAACAUUACAAAACAGCUAUAAACACAUAUAAGUCACAGGAAAUCUUUGGAAAACACUUUUUGACGACAUUAGAGAGCUAUGUACAUGAAAUAACACCCCUAUAGUCACCUUUAUAUUUCUAUGAUCCAAUAUAGUAGACAUAAUAUGAGAAAAUAGCACAUAUACGUCAUAGAAAACCUGUUUAGCACCUUUGAAAUACACUUUUUUAACAUUAUUAGAGAACUCUGGACAUGAAAUAACACCCCUAUAGUCACCUUUAUAUUUCUAUGACCCAAUAUAGUAGACAUAAUAUGAGAAAGUAGCACAUAUAAGUCAUAGAAAACCUUUUUAUCACCUUCGAAAAACGCUUUUUACCAUUAUCAGAGAGCUCUGGGCAUGAAAUAACACCCCUAUAGUCACCUUUAUAUUCCCAUGACCCAACAUAGUAGACAUAAUAUAACAUAAUAUAAUAAAAACAGCUCCGAUAAAAAACGCCCCAAGGUUACCGGUACUGUGCGGAUGAGCGAAUCAAGCGCCCCUGAGAUGACAUGGGAAGACAUUUCACAUGCUAAUUCUACUGAAUGAUCCACGAUGAAGGAGAAAAAAAAAACAACAGACCUCCGUGGCGGCACACCGGCUGCUCGGAGCGUGUGCCCGAAUACAGUGCACCUUGCUGGGCCACAGUAGCUGGCUCCUCCCCCUCUAUACUCUGGUUCUCCUGGUAGUGAUGUCAUGAUAUUUGAUUAGGACAAAUCAGCAGCUACACAUCAUAAUUAGUUAUGCAGAUAAAAAAAAGCAGAUAUAAAAGAAUUUUAAAAAAUGUUAUCGGUACGAUAUCGGUCUCGAGAAGUCGUAAGAAAUAAUUAUGUUGCAUAUUACAUAUCUUUGUGAAGGGGUCAACUAACAACAUGAACUAGUACGUAUUUCCCCCACUGUGUAUGAUAUUUAUGAUAUUGCUGCUAUUUGGAGGAGGCGGGGCUUCUGCACGUGGAUGCAUGUUUACGUGUCUUACCUGUUUUUGUACUGUACUGUGUACUGUAUGUGUUUGGUGCAGUUUUCCAAAUGUAUUUUUACUUUCUUAGCAUUUCCAAUAAAGUGAAUGUAGUCACUUGGGAGUGUGGGCAGGUUCACGUCAGAAGACAAUCCAGUGAUAGCAUCAAAUGAGUCUGAUGUGUGUGUGUGUGAAUGUUCAUCUUGCAUCUGAGCGCGUGUUUGAGACCAAUCAGUCUGUUCCACUUCCAUCAGCAUAUU